AUGGCAGCAGCAAUCAAAGCCCUCAACGCGAAAAUCCGCUCAAACCCCGUCAGCGACUACUUCUGCAGCACACACUUCUGGGGCCCCGCCUCGAACUUCGGCAUCCCCAUCGCUGCCGUCAUGGACACGCAAAAAGACCCCGAAAUCAUCUCCGGCCGCAUGACCGCCGCGCUCUGCGGCUACUCGGGCGUCUUCAUGCGCUACUCCAUGGCCGUGACGCCCAAGAACUACCUGCUAUUCGGCUGCCACUUGGUCAACUUCACGGCGCAGAGCACGCAGGCGUAUCGGUUCGUCAAUUGGUGGUAUAUGGGGGGACGGGAAACGGCGUUUGAGCAGAGGGCCAAGGAGGGGUUGGGGAAGGUUGAGGAGACGGCGGAGGGGGUUGUGGGGCAGGCGCAGGAGCUGGCGGAGCAGGCGGCGAGGAAGGCGAAAGAGGUUAAGGAGCAGGUUACGAGGUGA